UAGCAGUGUCUAUAAAGAGAAAAGUAGUGUGUUCGAUCGUCCGUAAACGUUCACUUCGUAUACUGCUUUUCUCUAUUUUCGGAUUUGCAUUCCAUUCCAUUGACAAUCAUGGCUUCCGCAAAGCCAUUUAAUUUCAACGAAGAAAUUUCCGAAGUGCCGCCGUCGAAACGCAUGCAGCUGAAAGGCGAAAAGGCCACGGUUGCUGAGGCAAUCAACUUCCUAAAGACGCAAUGCGAGGUACGAACGGAGCACAAACCGGUGGAUCCAUCCACAGCGGAGGGGCCCACGGUGGCGGAUGAGCUCAAUGCGCGCCUGGCCAUGGUCCACGUGCGUGAGUCGAAAGCUAAGCGCAUUCGCCGCCUGGUAAAGUACCCAGCCAAGGAGAUGCAAGGCCUGUAUAGGUUUAUUUGCGUUUGCCCACGCUACCAACCCUGCUAUGUGCCUAGUGAGCCUACGGGCCAGAUCAUCAUCGACAGGGACGUACUGUCGCGGAAGGAGCAUAUCUGCUUCCUAGCCACCCCAAAGAAGGACUUCAUGUCGCCACAAUUGGCGCCGGGGGCGCAGCGCCCGCGUUACUACACAAAGAAGAUCGUCGUCAAUCAGUGCACAGCCCGCGUGGAACGUCUGGCCGAUCCGCAUCCGAUGCGAGUGAGCGACACGUUCAAAUACUUUAAGGACUACCUGUCGCCGCGCCACAUUGCCGCUCUGGAGAACCAGAUGAAGCCCAAACCACCGGUGGAGGCCAUGACCAUGGAGAGGGCUUUGGAGUACAUGGAGGAGGAGAUCCGACAACGCAGAGCGGCCAAGCGUGUGCAUAAGCGACGCUGCAAGGGCCUCAAGAAACGCAUCCUGCAGCGCCAGCAGAAACAAAUGCAGAAAAUCAUUUGCGUUCUUUUUGAGGAAAUGAAGGACUUCCUGCUUAACGAUCAGUUCAUAGUAGACGAGAACUCGCCCCUUUGCUGUAUCAUACUUGAAAGGCUUAGAGAAUUUACAGAUCAAGAGUUCUACACGACAAGUAACUUGCGAGAAUAUCAACGGAUCCUCGCUAACAAUCUGACCGUUUGGAUCAACAAGUUCAUAUCGAACCUGAACAUUUACCUGACGCCGCAACAACAGGCGCCCGAGCAACGCCCGAUGAUUGCCUACAACGAUCCCGAACAAUUCGUUCCCUUGUCGGAUUACAUUUCGCUAAGCGAAGAACUGGGCGUCGAAGAGAUGGUUGACGAUACAGAGCCAGAAUAUGGUGACUAUGAGUAUGGCGAGGAUUAUCUUCCCGAUGUCCUCAAUGCUGCCGAUGACUUAUCGGAGGACCAGUAACUAAGGCGUAGUGAACUUACCCUUCAUUUGAAGCCAAGUGAGCUCUUUGUAGACGCCGUUGCUGUGUACCUUGUUCCCGUGAUUUUUCAGAAUGUCGACUGGCAUGGCGCGGAAAAGGAAGUGUAGAAAAUUCUGUAAUAUGUCGACGAAAUUUUAUAGUGCGAACCCAAAUCAUAAGUACA